AUGUCGAGGAGGACGGUGUUGAGCGCCGGCAAUGGCGCAUUCGAAGCAGCAAGCCGGAGGAUACCGCAACAUGCAUCACGGAGCUUCAGCUCGACAGCUAGCAAUGCCGCAGUCAUUACACAAUUCCAGCCCACAUCCUCACCAGAGCUGGACACGGCGCUGUCCACGAUCCGCGAGAAGAUUAUUCUGCCCUCCUACCUGACGGUUCAGCAGCGCAAGAGAAUCAUUAGCCCGAAAUGGGCCAAGAAGCUGCAGGCGGAUCCCAUCACGGUCGAGAUUGAUGGUGAGAUCUUCAAGUUCCGUCACAUGAACCCGUUCUCGGGCGAGAUCCCCAACACCCGCCGGUCAGUGAUAGAGGCUAUCAAGAAAUUCGACGGCACUAGUGAUGAUGACUUCAAGAACCUGCGGCCAUUGAUUGAGGGCGUGUACGGCGCAGGUCGGCAACUGGGCAACGGCUUCUAUGCCAAGGUGCUGCGGGUCGUCGGCGACAAGGGCCGGGUGGCCGAGCUGAUGGACCUAGCCCGGAGCAAGAAGACGGGCUUCCGUCUCGACACGAGCGAAAAGGUUAACGAGCUGCUGCACUUCAUCCAGCUCAACGCCCUCGAGUCCGGCUGGAACCGCGCCGAGACGGAGCAGGCCCUGCGCUGGGCUGAGCACGUUAUUGAAAUGGUCCAAGAUGAGGCGGCGCACGCACCUCAGAAGCGCAUUGAAGGCGAUCUGCCGCUGAACCGGGACCCCCAGGUUCUGCUGGCACCACUGCACCUGGCUGCCGCCCUCAUCGUCAAGGGCGGUGUCAAGGAUCACAAGACCGUCACCAUGGCCAACAAGCUCGCCAGCACCAUUGUCAAGCUGUGGCCCGCCGGCCGGGGCCUGAGGCAGAUCCACCCCGUGAGCACUUACAUUGAGGAUAACCAGCGGGGUUAUCUACUAGAGGCCAACAAGUUCGUUGCCAUGGCCAGCCCGUUGCUGCACGGUCUCGGACUGGCUUCCCAGGCCGUGACGGAGCCCACAUUGGCUGCGGAGCUGAAGACGCGAUAUGAGAGACUCGAGGAGGAGGUCAAGAGCAGCCUGAGCGAAGCUGCCAAGAAGGGAAAGAGCUCAAGAGGCCAGGCUGUGUACCAAAAGUUCUUUGGCGGAAGCGCAUGA